AUGCCGUACUCCAUCAACGGCAAGAUCAACUCGCGCUCACGCGCUCAAACCCGCCCUGCAGCGAUCAAGCUGAACGUCAGGAGCGGCACCUUCAGGUUCGCACAGAAGACUCGCACACGCGUAACGAUCCGCAGCGUGACGGGUCUCGACGUUGUCGGGGAACUGAGGUUCGACUCGCUCGACAGCAGGAAGUACAUCGUCCUGUACGAUGUUUUCGUCCUGGUCUGGGGCGAAGUUGUUACGACGCGGCCGUUGAAGGCGGUCAGACUUGAUCGCAAGAAGCAUGUCACGGGCGUGUUCGUGGAUAAGAAGAAGGUCGAUUCCCUCAAUCGCCGCCUCGAAGCUCGCAUUCGACACCGCAAGGCUUUCGAGAAGAGGCUCCUGAUCGACGAGGAUUGGGAGAACAUUAUGAUUUGUUCUGGGUGCUCCGAGGCAGAGGCAAAGGACGACUUGCUGUUGUGGCGAUGA